CCUCUGUCUCUUUCAGUCCCUUCAUUUUCUCUCGUUCUCCCUUUUUCUCUCUCGGUUUUCUUCUUCCUCUCUUGGCCUGAGCGUUCUGCAUCCCCAGAUAAAAGAAGUGUUUUUGCAUCAACGUAGCUCCUCUGUCCAUUUUUCACCCUCGCCAAGCUUCUUGUCCUCUUUGGUCAAAAUCAUGGCUUCUGGUCUUCCUGUAGCAUCAAGAACCAGAGCCCGUAUAAAGAAUGAAGAUUCCUUUGCCGAGUGUUUCUCUAAGGCAGAGCCCGGAAGAAGGAAAGGUAGUUCUUCGGGGGCAAAGCACAGAGGCAGAGCUCGACAAAGAGUCUCCUCUGUUUCUGCUUCAAGUAAAUUGGGCGGCGGAAACGGAGGCGGCGCCAGUGAUGACAGCCAUGAGGUCAUUGUUAUUACAGACAGUGAAGAAGGCAGUGACAAAGUGAUUUCAGUGAAUGGAAGUGGUGAGGAGGAAGAAGAGUCCAGCGAUUACGGACCUCGGACGGCACGAAGGUUUCAGCCUAACCAGGUUUUUCAUAAAUGUAAAAAUACUGUUGUUAUUGAUGACGUUAGUAAUGACUCCGAUGAAGAGGAUAGCACAGACUUUGAGUAUGAUGAGAGUGUAGGUGGCCAUGAAAAUGGAAGGUUUAGAGGUUACAAGUUCUUGUCUAAUGCAUGUUCUGAUGAUGACUUGAUAUGCUCUGGUGAGCAGAACAGCGAUGAGGAUUUUGUCACAAAUGUGUCAGUAAGCUUGAGCGCAGAUGGAGAAACUUGUUCGAGCUCGGAAGAGUAUGUGUCUGGGAGUAAGCGUGAGGAAAAUCUGCAAAUAAGGAAGAAAAGAAAACGCAAGGACGGAGGCGAGUUGAGUAGUUCGUAUAGCACAAGGAAAACUAGUAAGAAGCUUGAUAUUGAGUGCACGGUUGAUCCGGUGAUUGACCAUGCAGGAAAGAAGGAGAAUGUGGAACGCAGAGUUUCGUGGGUCAACGAAUGGUUGCAGGAUGAUGUGGAGCAAAAAGGGGAAGAAGCGAUUAAUGUUGAGCUUGAUAUUGAGUGCAUGAAUGAGCCGGUGAUUGAUGACGUGAGAAGGAAAGUAAAUGUGGAUUGUAGAGUUUUGUGGGUCAAUGAAUGGUUGCAAAGUGAUGUGGAGGAGAUAAAAGAGGAAGAAGUGAUUGUUGAACGAUUAAAUACAGAAAUCAACUGUCCAUCCAAUGAUGAGAAUGGAAAUAGUGGGCCAAUGGAGGAAAGAGGAAGUUUUAGUGUGUCGGAGUGCGGAGGAGCGAGGGAAAAGGAGGAAAAACGACGCGGCAUUAAAAAUGAUGGUGAAGAGUUGCAGGGUGAUGAUGAUGAACAGGAGGAGGAGGAAGGCAAAGCGGGGAUUGAGUUCGAUGGAGUGAAGGCUGGAACAGAUGUCUCUUUUGUUAAUGAAGAGGGAAAGAUCAGGGAGAUGGAAGAGAGAGGAAACUUUUGUGUGCCAGAGAAAGAAGGAUCAAAUCAGAGCCAGGAGAAGUCGACUUCCCAGAGCAAGGUCUUUGGAAUUGAUAGAAGAAUGCAGGAGAAAAGAUAUGGGAAGCAUGUACAGUCAGACUUUGAUUCUGUCGUUGGAUAUGGGACUUCGUUGAAAGUAGAAGGUCAAAAGGAGAGGGAAUUAGGCAUGUCCUGUAGCAUCGGACACCUGCAAAAGAAAAGGAAAUAUGAGGAUUGCAGCGGCGAGAAAGUGUUUGCGAACAGAAAUGCUGAGAAAGAGCAAGAGUCAGCUACUGAUGGUAUUGUGCAGGGAAAGAGAAAGUUAAUCAGGAAGUUUGGGGAGCAAGCCAGUGACAUAAGAAGCAGUGCUGAACUCCUGAUGUCAUUGACGAAAGUCAGUGAAACCUUUAGCAAACCAUGCAAGGGAGCUGACACAAAUGCUGCGAAUGUGACAAAGAAAAAUAGUUCAGUAGGCAGCCGUUGCGAAAGUAAGGAAGAGGCUGUGAGGAAUGAUUGUAGGGGAAAUUGGGAAUCCAGAACUAGGAGGGAGAGAGCUGGAGAAUCAAGGGAAAAUACGUUAUUCAAACUUGCCAAUUGCAUAUGGGGGAAGGAUGAGAUUAUUCAAGAUGAUAGACAGAAGGAAAAUGCGGAGAAAGAGAAACAGUUUGCUGGUGACUGUGUCAUGAAGGAAGAGAGAAGGGAAAGCACAGAGGAGUUUGAGACUUCUGGCAUGACAGCCGGCAGCAUGAAAAGAGACAGCUCAGAUAAUAUGUACGAGCAGAAGAAAGUCGGUGAAAUCUUGACUAAGUCAGGCGAAGAGGGAGUUGGGGUGCAUCAAGCAAAAGGGAGAAAAGAUAAUGGGAGCACCCACGACUAUCAUAUUCGCUGGGAGAGUUCCGGUACGUCGAAAGAAUUUAAAUAUUUCAAACGCCUUGCUCAAAAGUUCAGGGAUAACAAAGAUGAUGCCGGUCAGAAGGAAAUUGUAUGGGAAAUAGCGAGCAGGACAGAGCCGCGGACGGAAGUGCCUCCGCUUCCUUUGAAGUUCUUCUGGGGUGAUGAGGAACCGGAACCUCCACCAAAAUCUGAAGCAGAGAAGGAGAUGGACAAGAUGUGGAUCGACAUGGAAUUUUCUCUUAGGGCUGGUGAAAUUGGUUCUUCCGGAACCCCGGAGGAAACUGAAACAAGUCAAGCCACCCUUUGUCCAGGAGGAAAGCAUGAGCUCAUUUGCGAUGAGGAAAUUGGUUUGAUUUGCCUCUUCUGUAAACAAGUACAGCUCGAGAUAAAAUAUGUCUUGCCACCAUUUCUACCAUCUUUUGAAAAGUUCUCCAACGAAGCGUCAGGCACUAAAACGUUGCCCAAUGGAGGGAAUCUGUCUUUGUUUGAGGGGGUUCCUCUUCAGCCUUCUGGAAAUGAAUCUGUUGAACUCUCUCAUCAGAGCGGCUCUGUUUUGGAUCUCAUCCCCUGUGACAGGAGUAAAAUGUAUCCGCACCAGCUAGAGGGCUUUGAGUUUAUGUGGAAGAACCUAGCAGGGUCUACUGAUCUAAAAGAAUUGUCCAACUCUGAGCCUAAGGACGUUGGUGGGUGCAUCAUAUCUCACGCUCCAGGCACGGGAAAGACUUGCUUGACCAUACUUUUUCUGCACACGUAUCUUGGACUCUUCCCCAAUUCCCGCCCUGUGAUUAUUGCUCCUGCAAGCUUGCUUCUCACUUGGGAAGAAGAGUUCAGGAAGUGGAACAAGAAAUGGGACACCAGCAUUUCAUUCCACAACUUGAAUAAUCCGGAGUUCUCCGGGGCAGAAAAUCCGGAAGCUGUGAGAAUAGUGGAGGAAAAUAGGCACCUCAAGCGAUGUAACGAUGUGAUGAGGAUGAUCAAGGUCUAUUCCUGGAGUAAAAGCAGCAGCAUACUAGGCAUAAGUUACAAUUUAUAUGAGAAGCUUGCAGUCGGGAAAGGGAAAGGCAUAAAGGAUCCAGUGAAGAAGGCAGAGAUUGAAAAGAAAGAUGAAGAGAUGAGAAAAAUUCUUCUUGAUUUGCCUGGUGUAGUGGUUCUUGACGAAGGGCACACGCCACGAAACGAUACAAGCAGCAUUUGGAAUCUUCUGCUGAAACUUCGGACUGAGAAGAGGAUCAUCCUCUCAGGCACCCCUUUCCAGAAUAACUUUCUAGAGCUCUAUAACACCUUGUGCUUAGUGAGACCCGCAACCGCCAAUGAACUCCCCGAGAGUCUCAAGAAAUUCUGCCAGACAAGAACAACACAGCGGAAAAGAGCUAAAAAAGAAGAUAUCAAUUCCCUUGUUCAGCCACAUGACAAAGUAGCUGAUGAUGUGAUUGUGAAUCUCCGGUCUAUCAUGGCUCCAUUUGUUCAUGUUCACAAAGGGAGCAUUCUUAAAGAGAAUCUUCCUGGUAUAAAAGAGUGCAUAGUGGUGUUAAAUCCGGGGGAUAGGCAAAAGAAGAUUGUUGAGAACAUUCAAAGAUCUCAAUGCGGGUUUGAAUAUGAGUUCAAGCUGUCUUUGGCUUGCAUUCACCCUUCUCUGAUCCUAAGCUGCAAUGCGUAUGGGAAUGAAAAACCUCUUAUUUUCCAGGAGCGUCAGAAGCUUGAAGAUCUGAAGACUAACACAGAUGCUGGGGUAAAGACGAGGUUCCUGGUGGAGUUAAUACGGCUCAGCGAAGCACUUGGUGAGAAGGUUCUUGUCUUCAGCCAGUACAAAGAGCCAUUGUCCUUGAUCAGUGACCAACUGAGAUCGACUUUCCUGUGGCCGUCCACAGGAAAAGAGAUUUUACACAUGCAUGGGAGCCUCGAUCAGAGGGAACGUCAGCGUUUGAUUGAAGAAUUCAACAGCCGACAGAGCCGAGCAAGAGUAAUGUUAGCUUCGACUAAGGCUUGCUCUGAGGGCAUAAGUCUAGUCGGAGCAUCUAGAGUUGUCUUGCUCGACGUGGUUUGGAAUCCUUCGGUCGAGAGGCAAGCAAUCAGCCGCGCGUUCAGAAUUGGCCAGGAGAAGGUGGUGUACACAUACCAUCUGAUCACGAAGGGAACCGUGGAAUGUAACAAGUACGGCAAACAGAUGGAAAAGGAGAGAUUGUCUAAGCUGGUUUUCUCCCCAACUAACAAGGAAAAUGGUGACCGAAGAAAGUCCAGUUUGAUUGCUGAAGACCGAAUACUGAAGGAGAUGACUUCCAGCAAAAACUUCAACGAUAUGCUUGAUCAGAUACUGUACCAGCCAGAGGAUUCCGAUUCAGACGAGAACUUUGAUUCUGAGGUCAUCCCAUGACUGAUCAUGUGAGCAUUCAGCUCGAUCUGAAGUUAAGACCUGGUAUUUUAUGGCCAUUAAUAGACAGUGCAAAAGAAGUUGCAGUGUCAGUUUGUUAGGUCUCGUGCUUACUGUUGUAACUAGUGAGCUGAAUCUGUAAUCAGUCAUCUGUAGAUGUUCUUAAGCAAUGUUCUAUGUAUGGAUUUCCUUCUCAUC